AUGGCACUGAUUGCUGCAGCUACCUUCCAAUCUGGACUCAACCCUCCCGGUGGGGUUUGGCAAGACAACAAGAACGACCAUGGGGUAAAUCAGGAAGCUGGCACCGCAAUUUUGGGUUCUUACUCCCAUAAUUGCAAAGUUUUCUUUUUCUUUAAUACGCUAGCAUUUUCUUUGUCCAUCUACGUCAUUGGGUAUCUUGUAUACCGAUUCCCCUUUUAUGUAGAGAUAUGGAUUGGCUUAGCCUCAUUUUCCACUACAUACGGUAUUUCAACUGCCUCCUUACACCUUCGCGGUGCUGCUUGUCUAAACGAACUACUCGUCACCGUUGCAUUUUUGCUUCCACUUGUAACGUUGUUUGCGAGGUACCCUUUAAAGAGGGCGUGGCGUAAAUUAUCAACUCAUCAAUCAACUGAUCAAUAG